UUUUUCUCCGGCAUUGUACAGAGUCAGUGCCGAACCCACGCCGCGGCUUCAUUCUCCGGGAUAUAGGGGCUGCAAAAACAACGUCAGAUGGCCCUCCACGUCCCCAAAGCUCCGGGCCUGGCCCAGAUGUUGAAGGACGGCGCUAAGCACUAUUCAGGCCUCGAGGAGGCAGUUUUCCGUAAUAUCCAGGCCUGCAAGGAGUUGGCACAAACCACACGCACAGCUUACGGACCAAAUGGCAUGAAUAAAAUGGUCAUUAACCACUUGGAGAAACUUUUUGUCACCAAUGACGCUGCAACAAUUCUUAGAGAACUCGAGGUGCAGCAUCCAGCAGCUAAGAUGAUUGUGAUGGCAUCUCACAUGCAAGAACAGGAAGUCGGAGAUGGAACAAACUUUGUCCUGGUUUUUGCCGGUGCUCUCCUGGAGCACGCUGAAGAGCUUCUUAGAAUGGGUCUGUCUGUGUCAGAGGUGAUUGAAGGUUAUGAAAUGGCGUGUAAGAAGGUUCUGGAGAUCCUGCCAGAUUGCGUGUGCUCCUCAGCAAAGAACCUCCAUGACAUUGACGAGGCCACAGCUCUCAUCCGUCCAGCUGUUAUGAGCAAACAGUAUGGCAAUGAGGACUUCCUUGCCAACCUCAUCGCUCAGGCCUGCGUCUCCAUCUUCCCACAGUCUGGCAACUUCAACGUUGAUAAUGUCAGAGUGUGCAAGAUCUUGGGUUGUGGGUUGAUGUCUUCCUCCAUGCUACAUGGCAUGGUUUUCAAGAAAGAGGCUGAGGGAGACAUCACAUCCGUCAAAGAUGCCAAGAUCGCCAUUUUCUCCUGCCCAUUUGACAGCACGGUGACAGAGACCAAGGGCACAGUGCUGAUAAAGAAUGCAGAGGAGCUGAUGAACUUCAGUAAGGGAGAAGAGGACAUGAUGGAGACCCAGGUUAAAGCUAUCAAGGAGGCCGGUGCCAACGUGAUUGUGACAGGAGGCAAGGUGGCUGAUAUGGCGCUGCACUACGCCAACAAAUACAAUCUCAUGGUGGUCAGGCUGAACAGCAAAUGGGACCUGAGGAGGUUAUGCAAGACAGUGGGAUCUGUUGCCCUUCCAAAGAUAACUGCUCCUACUCCAGAGGAGAUGGGUCACUGUGACAGCGUCUACCUGACAGAGGUGGGAGACACACAGGUGGUGGUCUUCAAACACGAGAAAGAGGACGGUGCCAUCUCAACGCUGGUGAUCAGAGGCUCCACCGACAACUUGAUGGACGAUAUCGAGAGGGCCAUUGAUGACGGAGUUAACACUUUCAAGGUUCUGGUCAGGGAUAAGCGCCUGAUACCUGGAGCCGGAGCCACCGAGAUCGAGCUAGCCAAACGGGUCACCUCGUACGGAGAGUCAUGCCCGGGUCUGGAGCAGUAUGCAAUCAAGAAGUUUGCCGAUGCCUUUGAGGUCAUCCCCCGUGCACUGGCCGAGAACUCGGGGGUCAAAGGCAACGAGCUCAUCUCCAAACUGUAUGCCGUGCAUCAUGAGGGCAACAAAAACAUGGGCUUUGACAUCGAGGGCGAUGGCCCCUGUCUGAAGGACAUGCUUGAAGCUGGCAUCAUGGAUCCUUACCUGGUCAAACACUGGGGCAUCAAACUGGCCACCAAUGCCGCCAUCACAGUCCUGAGGGUGGAUCAGAUUAUCAUGGCUAAGGCUGCAGGGGGACCCAGGGCUCCUAAGCAGAGGGGCCACUGGGACAAGGACGGCUGGGAAGAUGAGCCCGAUCAAUUUCACACUCACCACUAGAGGGCGCACAUACACUCCCUCUCUCAGCAGAUCAUCAUGGCCAAACCUGCAGGAGGACCCAAAGCUCCCCAGGGCAAGAAGGACUGGGACGAGGAUGACUGAUCCCAGCCCCAACCUCCCUCUGAAACCCGACCCCACUCUGAAACCCGACCCCACUCUGAAACCUGACCUCCCUCUGAAACCUGACUGCGCACACACAGAUAGCCGCCUUUUUCUACUUGUUUAUUUAAGUCCCCAACACGUUUAUUUUGUUCAGAAGACCACGCAUUGGUUAGUUGUGAUGAGAAAUGUAUUGAUGGCACUGUCAGCUUUUUAUGUCAUUAGGGUCAAAUAAAAGGCAUUC